AAGGUAUUAUUACUCCUACCUUGACCAAAAAUUGUAUCUAUUAAAAUUUUUAAAUAUUCAAUAAUAAAAAUUUAAGCAGUAUACUGUUAUGUUCAGCCCACUGUAUGGAAUACUUGUCAAACAGCUGUUUCAGAGCUUUCAAGCGUAAACAACAAAGCUUUGCGCCUUACACAGAGUAAAAGUCAACAGCGGUAACUGCGAGCACAGCUCCAUAGCGCUGUUAACGCGCUCUCUGUCUACUCGAACCACCUGUUACGCGCACAGUUACUCUCUACGCUCGCCGCACUCAUGUCCAACGCGCGCUGUCCCUACACACAUUACGUCACGGUUGGAGCACGCGUCUUCGCUCGUGCGCUUUUCACCGUAUAUUUAUCGCUAUUUCCGUGUUUUGCUUAACCGGUACGUAAACGAGAAGCAGCGACAGAAGUGAAAAUGCCGACAAAUAAAGUGUUACUGUGUGUGUGAGAGCAGGGAGCUAUUUUGACUAGGUAGUCGUAUUGUCGUAUGUGACAAAGCGGCGCUGGCCGGAGUUCAUACGGGCGUGUGUAACUCUGUGAACAUUGGCAUUUUUCUGCAUUACACCUUGUGUCUGACUUUCGCUAUUAACUGUUGUUUGGCGUAUUUAUUGCUACACUACUUGGCUGCCUCGUUUUUGCCUUUGGCCGCCUCUACGCACGCCUUCUCAUUUGUGUGAGCGCUACGCUGGCGUUUUGUUUUGUUGUUUGUUAUUGCGCGCGCGAGUCGAGCGUGCGGCUGUGUGCGUGGUGGGGCCAUGAUUUUGGCACUUACACGACAGACUCCAGCCAGUCGUCAGCCAAAUCCGGUCGUCUAUGCCGUAUGCUGUUGGUGGCGUUCCAUUCGAUUUGCACUGUACGUUUCAGUCUAAGCAAAAUCUUCGCCAACGACGGUUGCUUUCUGCUCGUUCUAUCCCUUGGUUCGGUCGUCGAUACGAAACAGCAUUGGCUGGGUGCGCGCGUGUUGUGGCAACGAAAGCACUUUCUUUCCAAUUACGCGAUUUUACUUUAUUUAUUUAAAUUUAUUUUUGAUUAUUUUUCGAUUUGAUGAAAUGACACAGUGACUAAACAUUGGCUAAUUUGUGGUUACUAAAUGCUUUGCUACAAACGACUGGGACGUCCCUUAAUAUUGUUUUGUGAGCAAAUUGUAUUAUUUGUCUUGUGAUUUUUCUUUGUUUUUCAAAUACUUUUGUGGUCGCUAAAAUACUGACGACUCGAAAUUCGUGAAAGUGAAAACUUAUGUGCACAUAUUGUUUUUGUAAAAGUUUACUACGUACAAAUUGUUAUUGUCGUUGCAACGGUAACUCCAAAGUAUAGUUUCUUUUCGUUAAGAAAUAAAUUGUAUUAAAAGUGUUUGAAACCCAAGUUAGAUGCUUAGAAAAAGUGCCAAAUUUUCAAAUUGAAGAAGAAAAAAGUAAAAAAUAAAUAAAAAAAUAAUAAUUUAUAAAAAAAAAUUUAAAACAAAUUAUUAUUAAAAAAAAAUAAUUAUUAUAAAGAAAAUAUCACUAAAAGAGUAAUAAUUAUUAAAAAAAUUAUUUUAAAAAAAUUACCAAAAAUCAAAUAAUUUCCUUGACGCGUGUAAAUUACAAGCUUAAGAGUUCAUUUACCUUAAGCCAAAUAGUGCUAGAAAUUCCAGUGUACUGCAUUUUUCCAACAAGCGCUUGUUUUUGUAUUGCACCGCUUUAACAGUCUUUUAUUUUCGCCACGCAUUUUGUUGUUGCCGAAAUACUUACGGCUUAGCACACGAGAAAAAAGUCCAGUUUUUCGUUGACACAUACACACAAUAGCAAGUUACAAACCGCUUGGACUUAGCCGCCACUCUGUCCAGCGGCGCUACUCAACAACAAGAACUCGGUGUGUACAGCCUUUGUCACAAAAUUGGACACACUAGCCGCUAGAGCGUCGAAAAUUCGCAAUUAGCAUUGUAGUGCAGGACGUGUGAACAAUAACAACAAGAAAAGUGGGUGCAAUAAGUAAAGCAGGAACAACAAUAAGAAGUUAAACAACUAGCAGCAGCGCAGCUGGGCUCGACAACUCCAAAUACUCCAAACUCGAAACUGACCAACUCCAACUCCAGCCUAUAAACUGCCUGCAGCUUUCGACUGCCUGCCAAUAACAACAACAGCGCAGUAUUAAACGCUUACCUGCGUUUACUCUGCGUCCACUUCCUUGCUUCCUACGCGCAAAAUACCGGUAUUUUGGUGAAGUCACCUCCUCCGCUUCGCCAAACUGCUUGGGUACGUCGGCGUACGCUACGUCAAAGAGUGCCGCUUAUAUUGAAAAGCGUAGCCGAUUGGUUUUCUGCGUAACCUCACUGCCUGCGCCUGCAAAGUGAUGAUCUGCGUAUGCACUUCUUCGCCCGCAACGAAUGCAACGAAAUAAAAUAACAACAAAGCACACACACACGCUUGAAAAUUGAGAAAUCAAAGCACUUUACUAAAACAGACGCUGGCAGAAAAUUAGUGAAAAACUACAUAAAAAAAACAAAAAUAAAUAUAAAAUAAUUUUAAGCAUUUUUUACACAAAAAUCUUAACAAAACAAGGAGAUUUGAUUAAAUAAUUAAAAACAACAAAUAAAUAAAUCAAACAAACCAAAGAAGUGAAAGAAAGUGUUAAAACACAACAAUCAACAUAAAUAUUUUACAAAAACAAAACAACAAAUCAUAAUAAAAAUAAAAAUACCAAAAAUAACAACAACAACAUUUAUAAAAACCGUUUAACACUGUAAAUAAAAAUCGCACACACCAGCAACAUGUCAACGGGGAACGAUAUAGUCAACGCUGAGGCGGCACCAGCCAGCGCGUUGCCAAUGUCGCAAAUGCCCGCUGCACCGACGCCAGCAAACGAUCAGUAUCUGCCAGCCACACAUCCAUAUUUUCAUCAUUGCAAGCAGCAGCAACAACAACAACAACAACAGAAGCAGCAACAAUUGCUGUUACAACAUCAACAGCAAUCAACGCUGCAAUCGCAACGUUGUGUUAUGCGCAUACCAAUGCAGCAACACAUGACCACAUCACAACAACAACAACAACAACAGCUAACACUACAGCAACAACAGCAGCAGCAGCCAACCUACGCGGCACCCAAGCCGCAACAAUAUCAAUACCACAACAACAGCGCCGGUAUGCAUGCGAACCACGUUGGCAACCAUGUAAAUGCCGGUGGCAACAUGCCGUUAUAUGGUGCCGGCAGCAGCAACAUUGGCGUUGCUGGCGCUGAGCUGAGCAAAAGCAGCGGACCGACAGUUACAUUCGACGAAUUCACGGAAUUCUACUGGCCACACGACAGCAAGCAACAGCAGCAACAUCAAGCACAACAAAAACAGCACCCACAACACGCAACCCCGCACAAUAAUUGCAAUAAUAUUGAUAUUGGCGGUGUAGAUGUCCGCAUAAGUGCCGUGGCGCUCAACGAAGCCAGCAUCGCCAAUGCCAGCACCUCAAGCACCGGCGGUCGCACCUUCAUCACGCCCGCCGACAUACCGCCGCCACCGCCACAUCCGCCCAACAUAUCGACACGUAAACGCCACCUGGGCGCCAGCAAGAGUGUUGAGGAGCGUUCAACGCGCGAUGCUGGACGCUGUCAAUGUGAGCAUCCGAUUGAGUUUGUGGCACAGCCACAACAACAACAACUGCAGCCAGCACAGCUGCCACAAGUGAGCUUGCAACAGCAACAGGCACAUCAGUCAUACGGCAGUCAUCACAGUGUUUACCUGCCAACGCAGCAGCAACCUCAACAGCAACAACAACAGCAAACACAGCCAACAUAUCGCCCACACACGCUGAACCAGUGUGCACACAAUAGUGAUUACAAUCACUUGCCACCGCCGCCGCCUGCCACACUGACACGUGCCGAUUCGCAUCGCAGCCAUCACAACCUGAUGGCCGUCGCCAGUUCUUCGUACUACAAAAAUCGUUUCUUCGACGAUGCGCCACUGCCACCGCCCUCGCAUCUCUCCACGUCAUCGCUCUCCUCGAAGACUACCUUCGAGACGCGGCAACUGAAGAAUCUGGGCUACUCUCCGAUGAAAAUACGAAAAUUGCGUAUAAUACUUGGUACCAUCGCUGCGCUCGUCGUUAUCGCUCUACUCGCUGUGGCGUUAACGUUCAUCAUCAAAGCUGGGGAUGAUGAUGAUGUGACACCACAGGAAAAUGAUAAUGGCCUACAUUUGGAUGAGGUCAUUACCGGGGCAUUAUCAGCGCAUCGCUUCAAUGGUACAUGGACGCCGCAAUCGCGUAUACUCUUCCGAGAAAACAAUUCGAUUGUCGAGUACGAUGUGAAGACGAAAAAGAAAAGAGUGCUGCUGUAUGAUGAGCACCGUCAGUACUCGGUCUUCGAAAUGUCCGCCGAUCGUGAGCUGCUAUUAUUGGCCAAAAAUUUGUCCAAAUACUUCCGUCAUAGCUUCUUUGCGCAGUAUGACAUUUACAACAUCACAUCCGGUCAAAUACUGCCGCUGAUGAUCAAUGGCGUACAACAGCUGUUGCUCUUUGCGCAGUGGGCGCCCGUCGGCAACGGGCUGAUUAUCAAUUUUGAACGUAAUCUUUACUAUAAACCAACCGCCUAUGCGGAAGCAAUUCCGCUGACAAGUGACGAGAAUAUCGCCAUCUUGAAUGGCAUACCCGAUUGGGUGUAUGAAGAGGAGGUGUUUAGUACAAACAUCGCGACCUGGUUCAAUCCGACCGGCACACAUAUCGCAUUCAUCAAAUUCGACGACUCACCAACACCCGCCAUCAAUUUGCCCAUAUACGGUGAGGCGAACGAACCACGCUUUCAAUAUCCACUCACCAAAUUUAUACCGUAUCCGAAGGCGGGCACCCCGAAUCCGCGUGUCAGUCUCUAUACGGCCGAUUUGGCGCGCGCGGCUAAAGGUUCAGAGUUUCUCACGCAGAUUCCGGUGCCCAGCUCGCUAAACACCGAGAACGACUAUAUCAUCUCAGCGGUGGAAUGGUUAGAUAGUGAGCGUGUGCUCUCCGUAUGGAUGAAUCGCAUACAAAAUUUGGCAUAUCUGCAGGUGUUCGAUGGUGUGCGUCGUUUAGAGAUCUAUAAUAUCGAGUCGAAGACUGGUUGGGUGAAUUUGUUUACGCCACCCUUCAAGAACCGCGACGGUUCACGCAUAGCCCUAGUACUGCCACAGCUACAGGAUGAUCAGACUUACUAUCGUCAAAUCUGCACACUUUCGACGAAAACGGCAGGUGGCGCUGUAGAAACACUAACAAAAGGUAAGUUUGUUGUGGAGGGUAUACUUCAUUGGGAUACGGCCAGCGAUGUCAUAUUCUAUAUGGCUAAUACCGAACAACAAUCCCAAGUGGCGCAUGUGUAUGCGAUCAAAGCAGAGACCGGCCGCACUCCACAGUGCCUCACAUGUGGGCUGCAUGUAUCGGGCGACGUACAGCAAACAUACUAUGAGGUGUCUUUCAGUCACGAACGCCAAAUGGCGAUCACUUCGGAUGGUCCUGGCAUACCGAUGACUGUGUUAUAUGAAUGGAACUGGGAAAAUGAUCAGGUGGUGCUGAAGAAGGUCAUUGAUUGGGAAUUGAAUACCGAACUACGUGCGAAACUGAAACUGAAAGCUAUGCCCACCUAUGAAAUACAUACCUUCCCUAUAGCGGGAAACUUUACUGCCAAAGUGUUGCUACAAUUGCCACCCAACCUCGAUCGUAGUGGCAACACUAAAUAUCCACUACUAGUGGACGUCUAUGGUGGACCCGACUCUACCUCGGUGCUCGAUCGUUGGAUGAUUGACUGGGGCACCUACCUCUCAUCAAACCAGUCUGUGAUUUAUGCCAAGAUUGAUGGACGCGGUUCCGGCUCACGUGGUGAUAAACUAUUGCAUUCGAUAUAUCUAAAAUUGGGCACUUUAGAGAUCACCGAUCAAGUUGAUGUAACCAGACAACUGCAGCAGAAAUUUUCAUUUAUUGAUGCCAAUCACACAGGCAUCUGGGGUUGGAGUUAUGGCGGCUAUGCGGCCGCUAUGGCUUUGGCCAAUGACGACAGUCAAGUGUUCCGUUGUGCCGCUUCUGUGGCACCAGUAACCGAUUGGUCUUACUAUGACUCCAUUUACACUGAACGCUAUAUGAGUCUGCCCAAAUUGAACGAAGCUGGUUACGCGAAUUCUCAACUCACCACACGCGCACAGCGUUUGCGCGGCAAGAAAUUCAUGCUGAUCCACGGCACUCUCGAUGACAACGUGCACUACCAACAGGCUAUGAUUUUAGCGAAGAAUUUGGAGAGAUUUGAUAUUCUGUUCAAGCAAAUUAGCUACACCGACGAAGACCACAGCUUGGCCUCGGUGCGCCCGCAUUUAUAUCACUCGUUGGAUCGUUUCUUCGGCGACUGCUUCGGCAACAAGCGCAUGAUGUCGCGUUGGAAUGGCAAAUGAUUGUAUCGUCAUAACAGCAACACCAACAGCAAGAGGACGAACAAACAAGGAAUAUAGCGAAGACAAAAAGCAAGAAAAGAAAAGAAAACAGAAAGCUAAUAUCAGAGUCAGAAGAGAGACUCAACCACAGACAAUAUCGGUGUGAAUUAAAGUUAAAAUUAAAAUUGAUAAUAAUUAGAAAAAAGCACAAACAAAAAAGAACUAGCAUGUGAGCAAUAUGCUCAAGUGAAAACGCACCCAUAAGUGAAAAAAUAUUCGCAAUUCAAAAAAUGAAGCAUAUGCGUAGGCGAACGAAUUUUUGUACUUAAUAAACAGAUGUAAGUGUAAGCAAUUUUUUUUUUAAUUUUAAAAUAUAUAAAUACAUACAUACGUACAUACAUACAUACAUACAUAGAAGAGCUGAGAUAGCAUUUAACUAUUAAUAGUGUCUCAAAUUAACGCAACAACAAAAUUAGAACGCAUUAACAUGUUACAUACACGCACACAUACAUAUGUGGCGAUGAGGUUUACAGUAGACAAAUUUUACUAGUGUUUAAUAAAAAAUAUUAUAAAUAGAAUUAAGAGGAAGGAAAGCAAACAGGAAGAAAACAACAGAAAAAUAGAAUUAAGGAAAGCAAAAAAAUUGGAAAAACAGACAAAGAAACUUAGUUUCACACACAUAACGUUAUGAAAAGGACAUUUUAACGUAAACACACAAAGAAAGGGCGAUGAAAGUUAUUUUUUUGAAUUUUUGGAAAACACGCAACUCCAAAACAAAAUUUAUGUUUUAUACACAUACAUACAUACAAACAUAUGUACGCACAUAUAUAUGCAAAGCUUGUAGUUGUAGUUGGUAGAAAUGUUUAAAUUUUUUUUUAAUUUAAAAUAUUUUUUUUUAUUUAAAUUUUUUUUUAUUUUAAAAUUUUUUUCGUUAUUUAUAUAAAAUUUUGUCUUCCGUUAGUGCUUGUCUGAAUUGUACAUAUUUUCAUGGGUUUAUUUAUCGAUUAAGCGGCACACAUAAACACAUAUAUAAAAGCACACAUUUUAAACUUAAAUUUUUGUGGAAAAAAUUAAAAAUUUUGUGAAAAAGCUACAAAUUUCGUUUA